AUGCGAACAGCGAUAUCAAAUUCAUCUGGCAGGAGGGAGUCCCGAAUGCAGAGUGGCCGGUUUAACGACUCGGAAACUACGAGGCAAGACGCGGGUAACUGCAUUAGCCUCGAGUUACUCGCUGCGGAUUUAGCGACCGGGGAAGAAUGGGCGGGUGGGGCUGAUUUAAGGCCGGCACGGUGGGCCGAUAGCGGGCGAGCGGUCGUAAACCACCGGCGUUUAUCCGCGAUCGCGAUCUGGCAACGCCUUGGCAACGUGCUGGCGGCGGCGGAAUCGCGUCAGCGGCGGGCACGAGUUAUGGGGCCGCUGAGCUUGACCGUCUCGAACAAC